AAUAUGAUAUUCUCCAACGGAUAUACGAGGAUAUUGGGAAACUACCAAUCAAACGAUAUCACCAAUCCUUCCAAACUUCUCUUUCAGAUAGUCAUUCUACAAUGUUUCUACUAUAUAUCGGCAUUAGUGAUUUUCUACUUAGUGGCGUCUCUUAAUGGGUACGACUUUAAGAUGGACUGGAUUUUCCUGUGGGAAUUGGUGGCACUGGACAACGCCAUGGGUUUGAUUCUUUUUGCCAUGUGGUUGUUUGAUUCUCUUCUUUGUGUGUUGUUCGUUACAAUUAUUGUAGGCAGAUCGAAAUUGGCCUGGGACUUCGCCAUUACUGUACACAUCAUUAAUUUGAUUGUGGUGUGGUUGUAUUCGCGUCAUUUUCCCACGUCUAUCUUGUGGUGGUGCUUGCAAGUAUUGAGUGCCGUCAUCUUGGUGACGUUAUCGACAUAUCUGACUCGUUGGAAAGAGUUGAGGACUACCUUCUUCGACAACAUGCUUGACCAACAGGAAUUAGGUCAGGUGCGUCAUGACUCGAAUGCUCCUAUAGAGAUGAACGUUCUCCCCAAGGUGCCGGAACUGUCUCUGUCACUGACAUAA